GAUUUACUUUGACACUUAAAGUUUGUAAAGGUUUUUUUUUUUCCCUCUGAUCUUAAUUCACUUGAACAAAGCUUUGUUUACGGUUAUUGUUCACCGUUCACGCUCUGCGUCACCUUUAUAAGCCCACGGUUUUUCGCGAAAAAGCAAUGUCAAUAUUUUUCCAAACUUCAUCAGUGGAUAAAAAAGAAAACACAUUUCCUGUGAAUUUUUUUUUUGAUGAAUUUGAAUACAGAACUGCAAAUUGAAUUUGAUUUUCAAAUGCGAGGAAACAAGUUUAAAUUUUCUGUGUGAAAUAGGAUGUUGCAGAGGCAACAAAUGUACAAUACGUUAAGCAUGUUUUUUUUUCCCCAAUUGUGAGUCCUUAUUUCCAAAAAUAUGUGAUUGAUUUAAAAUCUCAUGUUUUUGUCUUUUUUUUUCUUCAUGAUUAUAGUGCUUCACAGCGUAUUUUGGGAAAAAUUAACGUCACCGAAAUCGGGCCCGAGCUAAUCUGCAAGCUUUCUUGCUAGUCACAGUGUUAUGUCUUUCCUUUCCUUUGCACUUACCCUUUUUUUUUGGUUUACCAAGUCGAAUUAAAAAUCCUUCAUGUUACCAAAACUGGAAAAAAAUGUCAAGCUCACACGACCAGUUUGAAUUCUACAUGGCAAAUUUUGACGGAAAAACCCCGCCAUAAUCCCAACCUGCAAACCAUGUCCUGCACAGGUUUUUGGGAGUACCAAGAUGGCGGCCAACUGGCUUCACAACCAAUCGACACUCCGCUUGAUGUGUUUGCGCUAUCCACUCAUUUUUUUUUUUUUUUUUUAGCUCAAUACCAUCCACCAAUAAGAAGGCAGCGCUGCUCACCAACACCGGAAGAAUCGUUCUUGGUUUUACGUAAAGGCGAACAAACAUGGCUUAGUUUGGCGUACUGCAAGCAUCGCUUUUGACAUCAUGCUCCUGCUUUGGAGCAACUCCCCCCUGUUGGCGACGCUGCUCGUCUUCGUCGCCGCGUAUUUGUGCGUCCAUUCCCACCUGAAACGAUGCCGCCGCCUGGCUAAUAUCCCUCCGGGCCCGAAGCCCCUGCCGAUAGUGGGCAAUUUCGGCCCCUUUCUCGUGCCCGCGUUCAUCCGGAGGAGGUUGGGGAAGGCGUGGAAGCCGCCCGCGGAGGCGCUGACGGAGCAGGCCGCGGCGUACGGCGACGUCUUCAGCUUGUUCGUCGGCACUCAGCUCCUGGUGGUGCUGAACGGAUGUGACGUCAUCCGAGAUGCCUUGCUCAAUUACGCCGAGGUGUUCUCGGACAGGCCGAACAUCCCCGCGGUCAGCAUCAUGACCAAACGCAAAGGAAUCGUCUUUGCGCCGUACGGGCCGGUGUGGAGAAAGCAGCGCAAGUUCUGCCACGCGUCUCUCCGGACCUUCGGUGUCGGGAAGCUCAGUCUGGAGCCGUGCAUCCUCCAAGGCCUGGCGACUGUCAAAAGCGAGCUUCUGCGGCUGCGCGACGAGGAGGGCGAGGCCGGCGUGGACAUGACGCCGCUGGUCACCAACGCCGUCUCCAACGUCAUUUGCUCUCUGGCACUCGGCGAGCGUUUCCCCCGAGACGACCGCCAGUUCGCCACCCUGCUGGGCCUGAUGGUGCGAGGCCUGGAGCUGUGCGUCAACAGCCCCGCCGUCCUCAUCAACGUCUUCCCGGCGCUCUACCACUUGCCCUUCGGCGUCUUCGGGGAGCUCCGGCGGGUGGAGCGCGACAUCAGCGCUUUCUUAAAGAACAUCAUCGUCAAGCACCGCGACACGCUGGACCCGGAGAACCCCAGAGACUUGGUGGACAUGUACCUGGCGGAGAUGGCGGCCGGUGCGGAGGACAGCAGCUUUAACGAGGAUUACCUCUUCUACAUCAUUGGGGACCUUUUUAUCGCCGGCACCGACACCACCGCCAACUCACUCCUGUGGAUCCUGCUCUACCUGGUCGUGCAUCCUGAUGUCCAAGACAAAGUCCAGGCCGAGGUGGACGAGGUGGUGGGGGGAGGCCGCGUGCCGUCUCUGACUGACCGCGGACGUUUGCCCUUCACCGAGGCCACCAUCAUGGAGGUCCAGAGGCUGACCGCCGUGGUUCCUUUGGGGAUUCCACACAUGGCGUCCAAGACCACAGACUUCCGUGGCUUCACCAUCCCGCAAGGAACGGUCCUCCUGCCCAACUUGUGGUCCGUCCACCGAGACCCCGCCGUGUGGGAGCAGCCCGACACCUUCAGGCCAGAGCGCUUCCUGGACGACGAGGGCAAGCUGGUCAGGAAAGAGUGCUUCAUGCCUUUCGGAAUCGGCCGCCGGGUGUGCAUGGGCGAGCAGCUGGCCAAGAUGGAGCUCUUCCUCAUGGUCACCGGCCUGCUGCAGGCCUUCACCUUCCGGCUGCCGGCGGGAGCCCCGCCGCCUCCCAUGCACGGACGUUUCGGCCUGACGCUGGCGCCGUGCCCGUUCGUCGUGUGCGCCAGCCCUCGCGGGUAAAGUCAGCCGAAUGGAUGCCCCAGAAAUUGUGCAAUACCUGCUCACUGGACACUUUACUAGGUACACUCAGGGAUGGACUGGGACAAAAAUUCAACCCUGGCAUUUUCUGUCCAGAAUCAAAAUCAUUUUUAUCUCGCCGCAUAUGUCAAAUACACACAAGGGAUCUGUCUCGAGUAGUUGAAGCCCCUGUUGUACAACAUACACGUUGAGUACGACAACAGACAGACAUCACGGCGCAAUAGACCAGACGAGCUAGCUAGCCAGACCACAUUGCAGUCUUAGCGGACACCUCGUAGAAGUCUCCAAAUCUCACGCUGUCUUCUCUCAAGCAAACUACAGCCAUCUAUCAUCUAAUCUAGUUAAUCGUGGGAUAAACAGUUUAGUCUCAAACAGACUCAGAAAAUCGGCAGAUUGACACCAGUGACGCAUAAUGUACGCACGGACGCACUUCUGCUUUCACUACGCAAGCUAGUUUUAGCCACUUGCAAUCGCAAACAAUCGGACGCGUUAACUAGAUGUUUUGUGUUUAGAAGAAGAGGAAAAUGUUGAAAAAUUCACACAGAUCUCCCAAUGGAAUCAAUGUCUUUCUACAACUAGAAAAAAAAUGGAUCAGCUUUCCUACAAAAUGGAUGUGAGGUGAAGGGUUAGUGUGUUGGUUGGUUUAUGUGUGCGGCCAUUAUUUUAGUUGACGUUGACCACACUGCACCUGGUAACUCAAUAGUCACUUGGAAGCUAAUUCACAUAUUCAGGAGUUGUGUAUUCAUGAGGUCUAAACUCUUUCAGAAAUAUUGUUUAUAUUCAUAAAUUAUGCUUGCCAUGUGAAAGCUUGAAAGUUUCAUUUUUGUUGGAUUUGAGGUACGUUAAAGAACCAUGCCUCUACGUAGAAAGGCCACCCUCACUGAUAAAUAAAGCUGAUUUAAGAAGAAAAAUUUCAUGCACAUUUGAGGCAGUGAUCAUAAAAGCUUGAAAAUGAGCACUUUUUAUGUUAAUGUUGUUUUUAGGUGGAGACGUUUUGUCUGGCUUUUGGUCUAUGUUGAAGGUGACAGCAAUGAAGCAGCCAACCCCACAAUUUUUUUCAGCUCGUUUGCCCUUUGUGUCAUCCAGUGAAAUUUUAAGAUCAUAGCAGGCAAUCAAUUAAAUCACGUGACACGGAUUUAACCAAUGCGGAGCAGUGCGGUGGGUUCAAA